UAUUAUUCCUUUUCCAUUUUCAAUAUAUCCUCAAUUCGGACAACUACCAGUUUAGACAGAGAGAGAGAAGUAGGUGAGAGAUGGGGGUUGUGAUAAUCGACGGCUCGACGGUGCGCGCCUUCGUGAGCGACGAGGAGCAGUUCCGGAGGAGCGUCGACGAGCGUUUCGCCGCCCUGGACCUCAACCGCGACGGCGUCCUCUCCCGGUCCGAGAUCCGCAAGGCCUUCGAGUCGAUGCGCCUCAUCGAGUCCGACUUCGGCGUCGACGUCGCCACCCCGCCGCAGGAGCUCGCCCGCCUCUACGACUCCAUCUUCGAGCGCUUCGACUGCGACGGCAGCGGCGCCGUCGACCUCGAGGAGUUCCGGUCCGAGAUGCGGAAGAUCAUGCUCGCCAUCGCCGACGGCCUCGGGUCCUCCCCAAUCCAGAUGGUGCUGGAGGACGACGACCCCAGCUUCCUCAAGCGGGCCGCGGACCUCGAGACCUCGAAGCUCGGCGGGGGGGCGGCCGCGUCGUGAGAGAGGGGCUUCGAUCGAACCGGUGGUUGGGUCGGUGAUCGGUCAGUACGGUAGUGAAUAAGAUUUGGGAUUUCAUUGUAAUAAUUGUGAACCCGAGCACCUGUUUUCUUCUCUGCAGUUUGAAUGAACCGGUUACCGUUUA